UACAGGACCGCUGGCUAGGCUUUGCUUUGGCUCCAUUGAGCUGUAAAGAAAAAGAAAAAAAAGCAGGACGGCGUAUUCUGCUUGGCCGGUUUAACUGUAUUUUCCUGGGAUAUUUUUUUUUAAAAAACCAAAAAUAUAUAUAUAUUUUUUAAGAAAGAUAGCAAUUUUGGAAGGAUAAACAAGAAGAAGGAGGAGAAGAAGCCGAGAGGGUUUGGGAAGAAGCCCGCUCCUCUGGAUGUCGCUCAGCUAACGUUAACAUUGGAUCGGGUUUCUGCGCCUGUUUAACUCAUUAACUCUUUUUUUCCCAGUGUGGGGUGAUUUUAUUUUAUUUAUUACAAAAAUUAAUAAUAAAUUGUUCAAAUUCCUACUUCGAAAAAUAACCCGAAGGAUCCAAAGAUGUCUGUUGCGGGUUUGAAGAAGCAGUUUUACAAAGCAAGCCAGAUGGUGAGUGAGAAGGUUGGUGGAGCAGAAGGAACCAAGCUCGAUGAUGAUUUCAAAGACCUAGAGAGAAAAGUGGAUGUGACCAGCAAAACUGUGGUGGAGGUCAUUUCUAAAACUUCGGAAUACCUGCAGCCCAACCCAGCGUCCCGGGCCAAGCUCUCCAUGCUGAACACCAUGUCCAAGAUUCGAGGGCAGGUGAAAAGCCCUGGAUACCCCCAGGCAGAGGGGCUGCUGGGAGAAUGCAUGGGCAAAUAUGGCCGUGACCUCGGAGAGGAAACCAACUUCGGAGCGGCGCUGGUGGACGCUGGCGAGAGCAUGAAGAGGCUCGCUGAGGUGAAGGACUCACUGGACAUCGACGUCAAGCAGAACUUUAUAGACCCUUUACAAAGCCUGUGUGACAAGGACCUGAGAGAGAUACAGCAUCACCUGAAAAAGCUGGAAGGACGUCGUCUGGAUUACGACUACAAGAAAAAGCGCAUGGGUAAAAUCCCUGAUGAGGAGGUGAAGCAGGCGCUGGAGAAAUUUCACGAGUCCAAAGAGGUGGCGGAGAUCAGCAUGUACAACCUGCUGGAGACUGAUAUAGAGCAGGUGAGCCAGCUUUCGUUCCUGGUGGAGGCACAGCUACAGUAUCACAGACAGGCUGUACUGAUUCUUGAGGAACUUUCUGACAAACUGAAAGACAGGAUUAACGAAGCCCAGUCCCGUCCCCGCAAAGAGUACGUCCCCAAACCCAAACCUGUCUUCGAAUUUGAAAACGAGCAGUCCAACGGAGGCUUCACACCCACCUCUGCUCCUCCACCCAUCCGCACCACAAAUCAGUUGAUCAAGCGCAGCAGAUCGGUGUGGAAACCCAGAACGACUCCAGGAGAGCAGCCGUGCUGUAAAGCCAUGUACGACUUUGAGCCUGAGAACGAGGGAGAGCUGGGCUUCCGUGAGGGCGACAUCAUCACUCUGACCAGCCAGAUCGAUGAGAACUGGUUUGAAGGCACUCUACGCGGCCAAUCAGGAUUUUUCCCACGCAACUAUGUCGAGGUGAUCGUCCCGCUGUCUCGCUAAAUUUCGGGACAGAAGAUAAAAGAGUGAGAGAAAGAAAGACAGCGAAAGAGGGAAAGGACGGAACCAUCCAUGUCAGCACCCGAACUCUGGCACUUUCACCUCUUAUGAAGAAAAAAACUUUUUCUUCUCACAUUCCAGAAGAAGAAAGGAAGGACCGGACGGACGGACGGACGAAUGACUUGACGAUUGACCGAUUUAAACCUCAUAGAAGGAGUCAGACGGACUAACAUGACGUUAACGCACUUUUAUAAACCGUAUGUUAACUUUUACCGAAACUGGCACUUAAACACAACUCCGACUGAUCGAACCAUUUCAUAAUUUAGUGUCUCACAUCAGCCUUAUGUCACAGUGCAGCACAGGGGGUGUGGCCACAUUUAUUUCUCAUUGUGAUCAGUUAGAUAUAUGCCGCUUCUUUGGUUCUGAGGAUGUCACCUCCUUCAAAACCAAGUUUCAAACCAAUUUUAAAGAUUCUGUAAACAAUAGCACUGAAACAAAAAAUAAAAGCAAACAAACCUCUGACAAAUCGACUGUAUUGGGAUUCUAAAAAUGUCUUCCACGAUGUUAUAUUUUCUCCACUCAGAGUUUAUUAAAGCUUAAGGCUACACUUAGGAAUCAAGAAUUACCAAAAAUUAAUAUUUUAUAAAUUCAUAAACUUUUUAAAAAAAUCUUCCAUUAGUGUAUAUUUAAGAGCAGGGAUCCCAAAUCCCGAUACUGUAAUCGAAUCCUUUCGAAUAUUUUCCUACUGUACAUUCAAGAUCCUCUGACUGACCCAGAUGUUGCCUGACUGCCCCCUGCUGGUCAGGAUGUGAUUUGAAGGACCUUUCAGACGUUGACUUGGCACUGUGGGCUGCUAGUGUUUCAGCCGCUCAUUGUGUAGCGUUCCUGAGCCACACACACACAUACACACAUACAGGAGUUUCACAACUCACACUUCUAACACUCUCAAAUACAAAAUAACACACAGAAGUGUUUUUGAAGAAGCGUGUUAUACACACAAGUAAGACAAGUAAGUGAUGUGUCCUGAGCUUUGGAUAACAGAAGAGAUAAGAGUGAAGGUGACGGACAGGAGGAGUGCACACUUUAGUGGUUUUCUCAUCCUAUUUUCCAGACUAUUAAUGUGUUCGAAUUCAGCAGUCAGGCUGCAAGAUAACGACUUUAUAUAGAAAAUUAACGUUUAUUAUUUAUACAAGCAUCUUUUUUAUUCACAUAUUUGAUACUCUAUGCAAAAUUGGGGAGGUGGGGGGAUUAGACUGAGCUCUGAUAUAUGGAAAAUUACAGGUUUUAUUAUUAUUAUUUUUUCACCUCCUCAGUAAACAUUCAAGCUUAACAGAUUUUUUGCUUCUGCACAAGAAAAUAAACCAGUACGGAAUUACAGAAACAGGACGAUACUAGACCUGGCCAGUAGAGGGAGUAGAAGUCCUGUUUUACCAGCAUCAUCAAUGUAAAGCAAAUCAUAUGCAACAAGCAAUCCGAUACGUGUCCGAUACAAAGGUCACAGUUAUAGUCUGGAAAAUACACCACUUCUUGCACACCGAUUUACUGUGUUAAGGUGCCAAACGGACUGCAUGUGGCGUGAUGAGCAAGGGAAUUAAAAAAGCAUGCCGUCUUACAGCCCGGGAAUAACGAGAAUUGUGUUUACGGAACCUUAACAUUUCUGCAUGUUAGAACUUGAAACAACACUACAUCGGCUCCUCGAAAUUUUUUUUUUUUGGAGGAGAAAGAUCUCCACACUACACUACACCGAUUUGAGAGUUAACAUGAAUGUGCGUGUGCAAGAAAACGGCCAAAACGCUCUGCGCUGUUGCUGCUGCUUUAACGCCUUUCUGCUUCUGAAAAAUCUCUGUAGAUGAUACUGCUGGCAGUGUCUUGCUGUUUACCCCCCUAAACACACACACACACACACACACACACACACACAAGCCCUGAAGCAGAAACAUUAAACGCCAAUAUUUAUCACCGUAACAGCCUAUUAUCAUUGUUAUUUUGACCAACACAAGUAUAUAGCAAAUGUUUUUGUAACUCAUUAAAGAACGCAUAAAUCCCGAGUGGGCUUUGUGCGAUAUAACAAUCAUCUCUAUGCUUAGAUCGAAUUUCCACAUUUUAGUGUUUCGCAUACCAGCAGCAUAAAUUUGGAAAUUGUCAAGUGGAAGCAGUGGAUAAGGUGUUUGGCUUUUAAUCUGAAGGUUGUGAGUUCCAAGAUGUCACUGUUGGGCCCUUGAGUAAGACCCUUAAACCUCAAUCCGUAAGUGAGAUAACUAAGUUGUCUGCCUAAAUGUAAAUUUAACAAAGGAGUACUAAAAAAACAUUUCCCCUUUCUCUGGAAUAAAAUGCUACAGGAGCUAAUUUGCAUAUAAUUCCCGGUACACGUUGUAAGAUUUUGGGCUUUUCUCAGACGAAAGAUAAUCCUGAAACAAUUGUGUGACAUUUGUGUUGAUUUCUUUGGUCGUGGCUGCUAAAUAGUCCUCUGAUCAAAACUAGCCGGAAAUUCUACGAGCUACAUCGUAGGCAAACCUAUAAAACCAAUUUUUUUUUUUAUUAUUCAAUAAAAACUCCUGUCCUACCCAAGUUUCUUAGGUCAAUGUAACACAGUGUGAUCUUUAUAAUGAUCAUUUUUCGAAGUCAUGAAUGUGAAAUCAAUUUCAGCGUUGUGAGCUGUGCAUUAGAUUAGACCUAACUUACAUUAGACAUGUAUACAAUUAGUUACACAAUAAGAAGAAAAUUGGUGGGGGUGUUUAACCUUAAAGCUCGACAAAGGCCUACAGUGAAAUGUCAAAUAGUUUUAAUAACAAAUAUGAUCAUUUUUUUAUGAUUUCAGAAAAAGAUUUUUGUUUGCUUCAUGCUUUCACAAGAUAGCUCUGAGACACUGUGUAACAUUUCAGAGCAGGCGAACAUUUAAAAAAAAUUGCUGAACAUCAGACAUCUCAUUAACAUAUGUAGAAAAGAACAUUCUUUUUUUUAUUGUUUACUGAGCAUUAAGGCAGAAACAACAAAAAACAAAUCGUUUUCACCAUCACUACAGAUGAUGUCAUUUUUACACCUGAAAUAACAAAAAUGCUAAUUUUUAUUUUGCGACUUCUGGAUUAUCAAAUCUUGUCACAUAAGUCUACAUGCUAUUAUCGACAGAAAAUAAUAAAAUAGGGAGUCAAAAUCACAACAUGGUUUAGAUCUCUUUCCAGGAUCAGGGGUUUUUCAGAUGUAGGACCCUAACAUUUUUUUUUUUUUUUUGCGACGUGCUGCAGAAGAGUCCUGCAUGAUUGUCGUGUCUUUUGCUUGUCCUAGUCGUGUUAACAUUUUUAACUGUCCUGUUUACAGUGUGUGGGUUUGUGAUAAAUUUCUAUUCAACAUGAUACAAAGUGGAUCGUGUGCCUGACACAAUUGAAAAAGAAAGCUAGGACACCAAACGAUUCCCACUUUCAGCACCGUGUUAUUUUUUUCCUUCUUUCCUUUCCUUUGGUCUGUAAUCAAAUAAAAAAGGGCUCGGUGUGUUUCUGGCUUCGGCAUGAGCUGUGUACAGACGUACAAGCAUGAGUACAGAUGUGCCUUCGCAGCAACACUACAGUUUAAAAAUAAAUAAAAGUUAUUUUUCUGUCUAAUCCAGUAGAGUACCAGAAUAAUUUACCCACAUGAAGAAUUUAUUCUGGUAGUCUUCUUUAGUAUUAUUAUUUUUCUAUGUAUCUUCGUUUUUUAAUUAUUUGCAUGUGAGCUCUAUAUGGUAGCUUGCUAAUGUAUGUUUUAGUUUGUACAAAAAAAAAAAACUCUGGUUUGUCUUGAAGGAAAAAAAAUAAAUAACUGCAGUAUCCUAUUAUUCCUUAAACACCCUGUAAACCUGAAUAUUUGUACUUGCUUCUCCCCCAUCUUUUACAUAAAUAAAUGCAUAAAAAAUUA